AUGUCUCAGUCUGAAGACACAGAACGUGAAGUUUUCUUGGAGGAAGAUGUGGUGCAGGUGUCUCUCAUCUGUCCCUUUGCAAGACAAAAAGAUAUUCGGAAUGACUUGAUGGUCACUGGAUGUGUUGAAACCACUGUUAACAAUUUUUUAGAUGGGACGUUUCUUCACAGUGAGCUUGGAGCUAAUGAUAAUGAUCAGGUAUAUCAAGUUAGCGACAUUUCAAACAGUGGAUUUUAUCUUUCGCACAUCAGAAAGACUCCCAGUGACACUGGGUGCAGUUCUACUGAUAUAAACAGUGACAGCGAUUGGGAUAACCCAGUGUGUUUGCCAUCAGCGAAAUGCAGUGCUCAUGAAAAGAGUGGAAGCAGUUGUACAGAGAUAAACUCUGAUGAUGAUUGCGUACAGAUUGUUGACCACACAGAGACAUCUUUGAAAAAACCCACCACUGUUGCAUGCGAGGCUACAGUUGAGAUGUAUGGAGGACAUGAAAUAUCUGACAGUUCAGAAGGGGAUGAGCUCCCUAGUCCUAUGGAAUCCAAAGCUCUUUCUAUAUCCAGUGGAGAUGACUUGAGUGUUGAAGAAUCUAAGCCUCUGUCAUCCUUACUCUCUAAUAGAAAUACCUGUAUUGGGAACUCUACACCAAAAUCAACUAUUGAUAUCAUUAUGGACACUGAGGAGUUGCCAGACCUGGACUGCUAUGAACCCAUGGACUACAUGGAUUCACAUGCCUACACAGAUUCUGCUAGUGUUCCCAGUUCAGAGUGGUCCCAGAGAUCUGUAGACACUUUACCCUGCAGCCAGGCAUCAGGUAUAUCCAUAUCUUCAGGAAACACAGUUGCACCUGAUGGGAAGGCUAAAAAGAAAAGGAGGACCCCAGGAGAAAUAGCUGAGAGUAAACGCCAAACUGAGCACCGAAAAGUCCAAAGAGAGCAGGAGAAGAAAGAAAAAGAGGAAAGGAAAAAAAGGGAGGUGCAAGUCAGAAAAGCCAUGCAGGAAGCAAAGAAACAACUGAGGCCAGGUGAUUGUAUGAAAUACAUCACAGUUGUGGUAGAUCUGGGAGUGAUAAAUGCAGGACCAGGUGCUGCUGUGCUGGCAGCAUUCGAUGACUCAGAGGUGAAGUGUGUGGCUGAGUCCUUAGCUGUACCUAACACAGUUAUCUGGAGACGAAAACAUUUGGAACAUCGAAUGGCAGAUGAUGGAUCAUUUGAAAUGAUAGAAGAGGAGCAGACAGAAAAGGAGGUAUUGGUGGUGUUGACCAAACUGGAUUUUGUACAGCUGGUGCAGAACUCAAGACAGGCUCAACAAGAAGGGUUUUGUAAUGAACCAACUUUAGUCAGUCAUGUCCAGCAUAUUCAGCAGGUAUACGACAACAGCAGGGUGACCCUAUUCGCUCUGGGUAUGACUCAGUACUUCAGGGAGAUGAAGAACUGUGUUCAGAGACAGCAUAGGGAGGCUGUUAGAACAGCUGGUCAAGAAGUGCCCAACAAGAAGCGGGCUAAACAACAGAAUAAAGUGAUAUUGUCUCGUAUAGAAGUUGAAGAGGUGCUUGUGGGUCUACAGUUAGAGACUGGCUGUAACUACCAGUUAAUAGACAGCAGUAAAGAACUCGCAGAUUUGGUUAAGACCUUCACCAAGGCUGUGGCAGAGGCCCCUCUUAAGAAAGAUCGCCUCGAGUCUGCCUUCUCUUUCCAUUGUGAGGGAGGCACUGUUGGUAAAGUGGAUAAAAAUGGAACUGGCUUGCUGAAAGUGUGGAAGCAACAACUACAGCAGUUUAAGACAAUCAGUACCGAGAUGGCUAAUGCUAUCAUCUCUGCCUACCCUUCACCUCGUUUACUCAUUGAGGCAUACCAAAAGUGUUCCAGUGAAAGAGAGGCUGAACGAUUGCUGGAGGACAUUGUGGUACGACGUGGCGCAGGUGCUUUGACAACCAACCGCAGGAUUGGGAAGGAAUUGUCGCGGCGUGUAUAUCAGCUUCUAAAUGUCACUGAUCCAGAAUUCAUCAUAACUUGAGGUCGUGGGAGAGAGGGUUUACCUUAUACACCACAGCAGUAUUGAGAAUGUCAUCUAUGUGACACAGAGGAUUGCCUUGCAGAUCACACAGUGGUACUGAGAUGGUGGGAUAUAUGACCCACAGGUUUGCCUUACAGAUCACACAGUAGCACUGAGUGGGUUGGAUGUGUGACAUCAAGGUUUGCCUUACAGAUCACACAGUAGCACUGAGUGGGUUGGAUAUGUGACAUCGAGGUUUGCCUUACAGAUCACACAGUAGCACUGAGUGAGUUGGAUAUGUGACAUCGAGGUUUGCCUUACAGAUCACACAGUAGCACUGAGUGGGUUGGAUAUGUGACAUCGAGGUUUGCCUUACAGAUCACACAGUAGCACUGAGUGGGUUGGAUA